CUCUUUUGUGUAGGACCCUUUGCUUCUGCGGCUGUCGCUGCUGGAUUUCCUCCCUGAUGCAGAAGCUGAUGUCUUCCCAGAGUUGAUAGAGCUGGUAGACCAAGCCUACCUGUCCAGGGAGCUGGGAGAGGAAGACCUGAAGAUGCUGGCGGCAACCUACUGCGGUCUGGCUGCCCAUGAGGAAGCCUCUGCCCGGGCAUCAGCCAUCCAACAUCUGGGGCUGCUUCGGGGCUGGGUGAGAGACCAAGGGCUUCCCAUAACAACAACAGAAGAAGCAGCCGUUAAUGAACUGGUCGCCGUCCUCAUUCACCUCGAAGACGAGGACGAGGUGGCCAAGGCCGCAAGGAGGGCUCUUUCCCAUCUAGCCCCGCAAGUCAAGUGGUGGGCGCAUCCCGACAAAUUUAGCCUCCACUUUGCUCUCCACCAGGCUGCCAAGCAUCUGAGCAAGACCUUCAGCAAGAACAUCCUUCGGAGUGCUGCCUUGACAUGUACGAAGCCGCCUGCCAACAGGCUGCCAGCAGUCUCCAGGGUGGCAGCUCUGCUUCUGGGUCAUCUGGCUUUCCGGAAUGCCAGUUUCAUCCAAAAUCAAGACAUGGCAUCCUAUGGUACAUGGCUGGAAGAGAUGCAGCAGCACGAGGAAGAAGGGCUCAGGCGGACAGGGAGGAGCUGCCUGAACAUCAUGCAGCGGGCCUGUAAACAUUGGCAGAAAGGCAGGGUCCAGCGCCUUGUGAGGAGGCUGCUCCGCUGUGUUCACAGGGAACCUUACCCGCAGGACUUCCUGAGCUGCAUGCCAGAACGUCCGAAGUUGCGCCAGGCCAAGGCAACGUGAACAUCAGCGUUGUGCUGCAGAGAUACCAUCUUCUGCUCUCCGUGGGAUCCACUCUGGACCAGCGCCAGGAACAUCAAGGCCAUCAGGAUCGACCAAGAGGAGUGGUGCUGCCCUCACGACCCUCCAUACAUAGCGGUAAGAAACCUUUUGUUGUUGUUGUGGCUUUAUGGAGCUCCCCCGGUCGCUGGUGUAUGCCCAGGGUCCGGUUCCUUGCUCUCUGCCAUCCUCUUGAGUGGCAAUCCCCCAGCAGCAACUUUCUUCCAUUUCUUUGUUUGGGGUGGGCAACAAGAGGGUCUAACAUUCCUGAGAUUUAGUACCUUUUCUAACAGAAUCUCUUUUCUCUCUUUCUUGCAUGAACGGCGGCCUAUCUGCUGGAACCUGGGAGAAGACGUCCGGAGAAAAGAAGACCCCUGGAAGAAUGUCAUCAGCCGGGAAAGGAGCCGCCGGGAAGACGACAUCUGCAACAUAGUGAAUUUGAGGAUUGGACACUUUCUAUUGACUCUUUCAGCACUCUAAACAGCAAGCGGGACUUUUAUUAGUUAGAGAGGUUAAAAUUGAUGUAUAGAAUAGGAUAGGCAAAAUAGGGAGCAUUCAAGGGUAGAUAACACUAUACUACCGGUAGAUAGCAUUUUGUAUAUUAUUUUUGUCUUCAUACUUGUAAUUCUUUUAAUAAAAAUAUAUAUUUUUUUAAAGGGUAAAUACGGGUCUUAUGGUUU